AUGGAAGGGCUAUGGCCGGUUGCUAUCAAGGUCCUGCGUCAAGUCAUGGUACAAAACGUUCGAGAGAAGCUCAUUAAGCGACUUCAAUCGGAGGUUAUUGCUUGGCAUCGUCUAUGUCAUCGCAAUGUGUCGCGGCUAUUUGGGAUGGUGCAUCUCUCACAGAGCAUUGGCAUGGUAUCGCCUUGGUGCGAACAUGGGACGCUUUGCAACUAUCUGGAGCAUUUCCCGGGCGUGAAUCGAUUAAGACUUUUCGCACAGGUGGCUUCCGCCAUUGCCUAUCUCCACACGUUCAGGCCUACCAUCGUCUAUGGGGACUUGUAA